AAAGAGUAAUGUAAUUUAUAGUAAUAUUUAUCAGAUUAGCGGUUUAACAACAAAUACAUAUAUUCCUGUUUUUACUACCAUUUCUCUCUAUCAAAAUCUCCCAUUUUAGAAGUUGAAGAAUUUUCCAUUUCUGUAUAGCCAUGGCUUCCGAGAACUUCAGCGAUAAAAACGCUGUUUUUCGGAAGCUCAAAUCCAAGCCUGAAAAUAAGAUGUGCUUCGAUUGCAAUGCUAAGAAUCCAAAUUGGGCAUCGGUGACGUAUGGGAUCUUCUUGUGUAUUGAUUGCUCCGCUGUUCAUCGCAGCCUUGGCGUUCACAUUAGUUUUGUUCGAUCGACAAAUUUAGAUUCGUGGUCCCCAGAGCAAUUAAGAAUGAUGUGCUUUGGUGGAAAUAACCGUGCUCAAGUUUUCUUCAAGCAGCAUGGAUGGAAUGAUGGAGGCAAGACUGACGCCAAGUAUACCUCAAGGGCUGCUGACUUGUAUAGGCAGUUACUCUCAAAAGAAGUUGCUAAAAGUAUUGCAGAGGAAGCAGCUUUGCCAGCAUCUCCUGUUGCUUCGCAGGGUGCACAGGCUACUAAUGGAAUUCCUGAUAUUAAGACUAGUGAACCUCCAAAAGAAACGCCUUCAUUGAAGGUUGAAAAACCUGAGGUUUCUGCUUUGCCCAAAGCCUCUCAAGCUGUUACCACCUUUCUUAAGAAACCUACAGUUGCGAAGAAAGCUGGGAAAUCUGGUGGACUCGGAGCUCGUAAACUUACUAAAAAGCCUAGUGAAAGUCUCUACGAGCAGAAGCCUGACGAACCGCCUGUUCAAGUCUCCUCCUCCAAUGCUGCAAGUAAUUCACCAACUGUUGGUUCAACAUUCGCGUCUCGUUUUGAGUACACAGACAAUGUCCAACCUUCUGAGACGAGUUCUGGAGGCUCUCGUGUUCUUAACCAUGUGGCCCCUCCAAAGUCCUCCAGCUUUUUUUCAGAUUAUGGAAUGGAUAGUGGUUUCCCAAAGAAGACAAGUUCCAAUUCUUCAAAAGCUCAAAUUGAGGAAACUGAUGAAGCAAGGAAGAAGUUUUCUAAUGCCAAAUCCAUUUCAUCUGCUCAAUUCUUUGGUGAUCAGAGUAAAGCUGAAAUGGAAGCCUCAGUUUCUUUACAGAAAUUCUCGAUUCUUCUCCAUUCCUAACUACGACAAAUAUCCCUCCUUCGCAGGAGCGUAUGUACCCCUGAGUUUUUCACUGGGUAUUUCCUUCUAUUCUUAUCUUGAAAAUUUGCAUUAACUUGAAUAGCAUCUCUGAAUAAAUUUUCCUGUGAGAGCUUCCCAAGUAUAGUAACUUAUUAGAAACCAGGAUUUGGGUUCUGAAUAUGGUGAAUGCUUAUUUGUUGACAGUAACUCUUCCCUAGGUCCCUGCAGAUGUGUUUGGACUUACGAAAGUUUCCGCCUCCAAAUCCCAGUUUAGGAAUUUAACCCGAUUCCAUUUUGUAAUAUGCACACAAGAUGCUAUUUGUCGGUGUCUAUUCCAGCAGCCAGCUGUGUGUCUCUUUUCACUGACCUGUUUUGCAGGCAAGGGCCUCUUUGCACUGGUAGUUCUGUAGAAUGUGCUUCUUUUAGGCCUCUUCUCUUUUUUCUUCUGAUCAUUUGUCUGGUAACUUUUCUCUAGCUUUUCAGUCUAUAUUUUAACUUUUUCAAGUACAUUAUAGUUGCCACUUUCUUUGGUGAAUAAGAAUGAAAUUCUUUCUGUGUAGUUAUUUCUUUCUUCCUGUUUUUGUUUUGUAAUACUUGUACAGAGAACUUCUAGUCAUUUUUUUUAAAAUUUUUAUAUAAUAAUAUUGGAUUAAGAAGAGCUCAAAUGGAGCGACAUUGAAAUUCAUAUAGCUGAUCAACUUGCUUGGGAUUGAGGCGUAAAGAGUAGUUAGUGUUGUACAUAUUAUUUGGGACUUGUUAGGGAAUUCUGGUUCUGGUUUUCUUUCUGGUGAUUGUUCACUGUUCCAGGAACCCUAUUCAGACAACUAGUUGGUAUUGCAGCGACUCUUCCUUAUUUCUUGUUUUCCGAAUAAGCAAACACAAGUUGCUUCACUGCCUAAAUUUUGAGGGGGUGUGCAGAAGUUCAAGAGAAUCAUUCAUUUUUUUAAAUAGAAUAUUCUUAAUUUUUAAUAAUUAUGUCACAAGAAUUUGGAACUGAAGAUUAAAACAAAAAUAUUUCACAUACUCAAGGAACUUUCUUAUGUGUUGACUAACUACUCAAUUCAAUAAGAGAGAUGUAAAAGUCCUAACCUUGAUUUAACUGACUGACCCUCCAAAAAAUAAAAAUAAAAUUCCAUUUCAGACUUCCUUCCCCCCCCCCCCUACCCACACCCACACCCAAAAAAAAACAUUUCACAGACUUCUCAGGACCAACUUUUGGUUGGAGUUGAAGAGGUUUGGAACCAUUACAUUUUCUCUUUCAACAAGCCUUUCACAGAUCAUGUCACAGACAAGUUAUCAAGAUAGUGCAUCUGUGAUGACUCAGAAAUAGUGGAGCCCUCUAAUGAACUGCCAAAAUAUUCAACCCAUAGAUUCUUCUAAUAACUGCUUUGUGUUAGCAGAUUCCGCUAUUAUCGUAGUCAAUAAUCCAAUUGUUUGGUGCAGCGAAUAACAGUAAGCUAUUAUUAGGUUAUUAUUACUGUAGCUUGUCCGAUGGUUCUGAAUGUGCUUAUGAUACAUAAUUGACAAAAUUUGCUUGGGUGUCUUAUAUUUAGAACUAGAUUGAAAUGAUAUCUAAUAGUAGAACUGAUAUUUCACUGCUACAUGAAGUUUACCUGAAAACUGAAGUAAUAAACUCAGGUUCUAAAACAUAUUUUUUCUCCCUCUUUAUAUUCAUAGGGUUCAAGCGCCAUUUCUAGUGCUGACCUCUUUGGUCAUGAUGA